GAAGCACCGGAAGUGACAUUCUCGAUGGCUUCCCCAGUUUUCGCCAUUGUUGCAUGUUGCGAUUUACUGUUAUUUAUGUAGCGAUUCAAUCUUAUUAUCACAAGCCAUGAGUUCUCCGGGUGAGAAACACGGUACUAAACGACCGGCGUCCUCCAGCGAAGAGGAGUCGACUCAGUGGGCCUCCGCUGACCUGGGAAGUGACGAAAGGAAGCAGAAGUUUCUUCGGCUCAUGGGCGCCUCCAAGAAAGAACACACUGGGCGUCUCGUCAUUGGCGACCACAAGUCCACAUCUCAGUUGCGCAGUGGGACCGAAGACGAGCAAAUCAGCGAGAGCCUGGAGAUGCAGUACCAACGCGGCAUGGACGAGAAGCUGUCGGGACGCAACCGGCGACACUGCGGACUCGGCUUCCGCGAACCCGAGUCGCCUGACGUCCCGCCCGCGACGGCUCAGAACCCGGACACGCCUGAGUCACCAAGCGGCGAGUCCGAAGACCCCAAGGAUAAAGUCUGCGACGCAAAGCCGACGGAGACCGCGACGGAAAAGGACGAGGGCCCCUCAGAACAAAGCGGGUGCGCCGAGCGGAAAAACGUGUACAAAAUGUCUUUUGUCAAGUCAUCGUAGGAGUGAUUGAAGAACUUCUCCCGUCCUCCCCACUUUUUAUAGUGUAAUUCAUUUUUUUGGGAGCGUGAUCAGCGUCAAUGAUGAGUUUCGUUAAAAAGGAGACAGCAGAAACAACGGGUUUCGCUCUCGUGUCUUCAUUUAUUUUGGAAAGUGGAUGAAACUAGUAGUCCUUGUUAGUAGCUAAUACAUAGUGACCACUAGGUGGUGCUACAGCUGGUCCACAAACAAUUUCAUAAAAUAAUCAAUAAAACUGUUUUCCCUCCAUGUGUGUUAAUGGUGUGUAGGAUUUUACGUUGUUAAGUCCUCCAGUGGUCCUUGUAGGGGACAGUCGGGGUCACUGGCUAGCAGCAGCUUUGGCUACAAAGGGGAAAAGGGUUGAAUAUUUCUUGGUUAAAUAAUGAAUAAAGAUGAGAUUGCACAGA